AUGUAUCCGGGAGAACCGGAUCACACGACAAGAGCUGACGUCGAGAGCUCCAGAGGUGGUCCACUAAGGCUGCACCCCGCAUUCCCGCGCGCUCCACUUGCCCCAUCACCUUAUACGGAGGAAGUUGAUCUUGAUUGUUGGAGUGGUGUUGUUGUUGUUGUUGUUUACCCUCCUAUCAUUGACGACAUCCAUUCUGUCCUCGACCCCGUCCAAAUUUGGAUUUACCCAUUGAUGGAAUGCGUAACAAGAAAGCUUUGCCAGUGGCUUCAAACAGAAUCUCACGUGAUACCCCAGGGUGGAGCCAUGUCAAUUGUCUCUCUCUCAGUGUCUCUCUUCUACUAA